GGCAGCCAAUGGGGAGGGCGGGCCGGCCGCUGACCCUCCCUCCCCGGCCCGGCCGAGUGCGGCGCCCGCCACGCGCUGGGCUGAGGCGGCGAGGGCCGGCGGGGCGCAUGGAGGCGGUCAUGCCCUGCCACAAGCGACAGCUUCGCUUCGCGGAGCGCGAGGGCGACAGCAGCAGCCCCAGCCCGGACAGCAGCGACGGGAGCGGCGGCUGCUACUGCUCCGGCAGCAACGGCGGGCCCUGCGCGGAGGCGGCGCAUCCUCCCCCCCCUCCCGCGCCGCUGGGCGCCCAGCUCAAGCUGCUGCCCAUGAACGACCAGAUCCGGGAGCUGCAGACCAUCAUCCGCGACAGGACAGCCAGUAGGGGUGACUUCGUCUUUUCUGCUGACCGCCUGAUCAGGCUUGUGGUCGAAGAGGGGCUGAACCAGCUGCCCUACACCGAAUGCACAGUCACCACUCCGACAGGGUACAAGUACGAAGGAGUAAAAUUUGAGAAGGGGAACUGUGGAGUCAGCAUAAUGAGAAGCGCCUUUAGAAGAAGACCGGACAGCAGCGACGGGAGCAGCGGCUGCUACUGCUCCGGCAGCAACGGUGGGCCCUGCGCGGAGGCGGCGGCGGAGGUGGCGGCGCAUCCUCCCCCUCCCGCGCCGCUGGGCGCCCAACUCAAGCUGCUGCCCAUGAACGGCCAGAUCCGGGAGCUGCAGACCAUCAUCCGCGACAGGACAGCCAGUAGGGGUGACUUCGUCUUUUCUGCUGACCGCCUGAUCAGGCUUGUGGUCGAAGAGGGGCUGAACCAGCUGCCCUACACCAAAUGCACAGUCACCACUCCGAUAGGGUACAAGUACAAAGGGGUAAAAUUUGAGAAGGGGAACUGUGGAGUCAGCAUAAUGAGAAGCGGCGAGGCAAUGGAGCAGGGCUUGUGGGACUGCUGCAGAUCCAUCCGAAUUGGGAAGAUCCUGAUCCAGAGCGAUGAAGAGACCCAGAGAGCCAAAGUGUACUAUGCAAAGUUCCCACCCGAUAUCUACAGGAGAAAAGUCCUCCUCAUGUACCCCAUCCUGAGCACUGGCAACACUGUGAUCGAGGCUGUAAAAGUUCUUAUAGAACAUGGAGUGCAGCCGAGUGUCAUAAUCCUGCUGAGUCUGUUCUCCACACCCCAUGGUGCCAAAUCAAUCAUCCAGGAAUUCCCAGAUAUCACUAUUUUGACGACAGAAGUUCAUCCUGUUGCACCAACACACUUUGGACAGAAGUAUUUUGGAACGGACUGAAGUACUUAAUCAGUUUGUCUUUUAUUACUGUACAAUAUACCCUUUUUUUUCUACAUUUUGUAAUUUGAAGUGGAGGUAUCUGCGUGUAUUUAACACUUUUUUGCUGAAGGUGAAAACGGCUGUCAACUUUUUUUAUUUAAAAAGAGAAAUUAUAGAUCUUUUUUUUCUAUUUUAACUGAGUUUGGGGCAACAAUGAGGCACAUUAGGUUGCUACCGAUAUCUAAUGAUGUGUGUAUCUGAAUUGCUGCACUCAAAAGUCCCUUUGUCUAUCUUCCGGAGCCAAUUUAAUUGGCUGCUGGCUACCACAAAAUAAAAUGACUGUGAAGGGCACCUUUGCAGGCAUGUUUAAGUCUGUCUGUCUUGCUCCCUUUCGGAAUCUUUCAGAGGAAUUGGGGAUUCCGCUCCAACACAAGGAAGUGGCAGCUUUGGACAAAGCCUUCAAGCAGGAGGGAGUGGCUGCAGUGUAAAGACCGUUGUUUCCACAAACCACAUAGCUCUCGUCUGCCUGUUUCAAAAGACGUGCAAAAAGAAACCGCAGCCCUGGUCGAGAGGAUGGCACAGCGUUCCCAAGAUGAACCCUCCCCAUCUGCCUGUGCAUGAACGUGAAAAAGCCUUGGGAGAAAGUGGCAAGUGGCAUCCGUUGCCUUGAAUCAGACAGUGUGCAUUUGUGGACCAGAUCCAGAUGGGUAGCCUGUAGCAGCAGAAAGGAGCAAGAGGCCCAG